CUUCUCUUCCUCCAGGGAUCUCCUUCUCCUUAAACAAGAUGUCUCACCAGAAAAAGCAGCCCACUCCCUGCCCUCCAGUGGGGUGUGGAAAGACCUCUGGUGGAGGAGGCGGUGGCGGCGGCGGUGGCGGCGGCGGCGGAGGCUGUGGCUACUACAGCGGUGGUAGCGGUGGCGGCUCCAGCUGUGGAGGUGGCUCAUCUGGAGGAGGCUCCAGCUGCGGAGGCGGAGGCGGUGGCUCCUACGGAGGCGGUUCCAGCUGUGGCGGUGGAGGCGGCUCCGGUGGGGGAGUCAAGUACUCUGGAGGCGGUGGCUCCAGCUGCGGCGGCGGCUAUUCCGGGGGCGGCGGUGGCUCCAGCUGCGGCGGCGGCGGCUACUCCGGGGGCGGCGGCGGCUCCAGCUGCGGCGGCGGCGGCUACUCCGGAGGCGGCUCCAGCUGCGGAGGCGGCGGCGGCUCCGGUGGGGGCGUUAAGUACUCCGGUGGCGGAGGCGGCGGCGGCUCCAGCUGUGGGGGCGGCUACUCCGGAGGCGGCUCCAGCUGCGGCGGAGGAUCAGGAGGCGGCGGCGGCGGCUCUUGCUGCGGCGGCGGCUCCUCCGGAGGCGGCGGCUCUGGUGGCUGCGGUGGCGGUUCCGGAGGGAGCAAAUACUCCGGCGGCGGCGGCGGCGGCGGCUCCAGCUGCGGCGGCGGCGGCGGCGGCUCCAGCUGCGGCGGCGGCGGCGGCGGCUCCAGCUGCGGCGGCGGCGGCUCCAGCUGCGGCGGCGGCUAUUCCGGAGGCGGUGGCUCCAGCUGCGGCGGCGGCGGCGGCGGCUACUCUGGCGGCGGCAGCUGCGGAGGUGGCUCCUCCGGGGCGGCGCAACAGUAUCAGUGCCAGAGCUACGGAGGCGGCUCUAGCGGCGGCUCCAGCUGCGGCGGCGGCUACUCCGGGGGCGGCGGCGGCUCCAGCUGCGGCGGCGGCGGCGGCGGCGGCGGCUCCAGCUGCGGCGGUGGCUCCUCCGGGGGCGGCUCCAGCUGCGGAGGCGGCGGCGGCUAUUCCGGGGGCGGCGGCGGCGGCGGCGGCAGCUGCGGCGGCGGGGGCUACUACUCGUCGCAGCAGGCCACCCAGAGCUCCUGUGCCCCCCAGCAGAGCUACGGAGGGGGCUCUUCAGGCGGAGGUGGUAGCUGCGGAGGUGGCUCCUCUGGUGGCGGCGGCGGCGGCUGCGGUGGAGGCUACUCCGGCGGCGGCGGCUGCGGUGGAGGCUACUCCGGGGGCGGCGGCGGCUGUGGCGGCGGCUCCUCCGGGGGUGGCAGCGGUGGUUGCGGUGGCGGCCACUCCGGCGGCGGCGGCGGCGGCUCUAGUUGCGGCGGCGGCUCCUCUGGGGGCGGCUCUGGAGGUGGCAAGGGCGUCCCGGUCUGCCACCAGACCCAGCAGAAGCAGGCGCCUACCUGGCCCUGCAAGUAAGGUCCUCAGGUUCCCACGGAGACAAAGGAGCUGGAGGUGUUCUCCGUGGGCUCCGGCGGGCUUCGCUUUCUCAUGAGAUUGCCCGAGGUUUCCAGACCCUUCGCAUCUGACCCCUCCCCGCUGCCCCAGAAGAAGCCAUUGAGUCACUCAAGCUGCAGCUUGUUCUGCAGAUGUUCCGUCUUGGUUUCUGAAUGACUACCUCCCAACUCCAGUGCCUCUUCAGUCAAUAAAGUUGCAAUUCA